GAAAUAAUCCAAGAUGGCGGCCUCUGUUGAAGUGUUGGUUGCAGUGACUCUGUAUUUGGUCUUUAUGUCGUCUAUUUGCGAUGCUGCAAAGGAGACCUUUCACGAGGAGCUGCUGAUAAAGCCGCUACAUACGGGACACGUGUACGCGUAUUUCCAGUUCACCACUGAGUGGGAUGUCCGUGUUUCUGACCGCCAGGCCUUCUCCCACUAUGGUCUUUUCCCCAAGUCAUUUGGUCAGAUUGUCGAUAAGUACUCUGUCAAUGAGCUCCACUUCAGCCUUACCCAGGGCCAGUGGCAGCAAGGCCAAUGGGGAUACCCUUUGGUGAGCGCCCCACCAGGGGCAGAGCUAUGGGUGUGGUUCCAGGAAAAGGUUAUUGGCAGGGUUGACGAGAACUGGUCUGGAUUAACACAAGCCAUGUCUGGACAGUUCUGUGCAUCCCUGAACUUCAUAGACAAGAAGACAUCAAGCACACCUCAACAGUCCUUCCGACCUGAGGGUGUGGCAACUGCUAAUGACCCCACCCUCCUCAGAUACGCGGCUCUCGGCAGGGAAGGAGUCUGCACAGAAAACCUCACGCCAUGGAAGAAACUUUUGCCUUGUGAUUCCAAAGCUGGUUUGUCAACUUUAUUGAAUGGAUUGAUGGUGUAUACUACAAACUACCAUUCCAUGGCUAUUCAUCUAAGGCCUGUGUGCAAGGACUCCGCGUGCACAUCAUACUCUCUAGAACUACAGCAAACCUUGUCAAUUGUGAUUGAUCCUGUUCUGAGAAGCAAAAGGAAAGAUUGGUCUUUUAGGAAGCUGUUUGGAAGGGCAAUCAAGUCCAGCUGUCCAUUGGCAACUACAAGUCUUGUUCUUGUUGACCUCACUAUCAAUGAGACUGGAUCUCGAUUUUCCUUGAAACCCCCACCAACCAAAAUCCUCAAUAGACAAUUGUCACCAGACCUGAAAUAUGGAGUGUAUGAUGUUAGAGAAUUAGUCAACUCCAAGUCUGAGGGCAACAUAGUCUUCAAGUGGCAGCAGCAACCUGCCAAAGAAGAAUUGCCACAGUUUUAUGCACACAGAUUUCUCACAGGGUUUGGCGAGGAGAAAGGUGGCAUCACCACGUUGUUGUAUAAUAACCAUGCCAGCAAGCCCUUGUCUGUGGUGUACUUUGCUACCUAUCCGUGGUUUCUGAGGAUGUUCCUUCACACCUUGAGGAUAGAGAGCAAUGGGAAAGCUGUUAAACCAGGCAACUUGUUCUUCGUUCCUGCCCAGGACCGCCAGCGACCGUACACACUGGAGCUCGAACUAACAUUACCGCCUAACUCGGUCACUCGACUCACUAUCCAGUUCAACAGGGGCUUCCUGAAGUGGACUGAGCACCCGCCUGAUGCUCAUCACGGCUUCUAUAUCACGUCUGCAGUCAUCACGGCGCAGCUAGACACUCCCUUUCCUUGCCGCAACAACCGUACAUUUGUUCUCUCAAGGGAAAUCAGCGGCAAAAAUCCUGGUCCUGGAUUUGUCCGUUUGCACACGGAAUCUCUUCUUGUUACCCUCCCAACCCCUGAUUUCAGCAUGCCGUACAACGUCAUCUGCCUCGCUUGCACGGUGCUCGCCAUCGCCUUUGGCUCCUACCAUAACUUAUGCACCCGCCGGUUUGAACAAGUUAGCAACAAGACCCUGGCAGCGCAGGGAAUGAUGGGUAAAGUAAGGUCAUUUUUGAGGAGGGUAAAAGAAAGGUUUUUCGGAAAGAAAGGACAAGAGACCAUCGCCAAAACUGGAAAAGGAACACUUGCGGAGAAAGAGGAUAAGACAACGGCUGGACAGGAAGAAAACACAGAGCAUGCUCAGUCUGAUAAAAAAGAAUAAGUGAGCCUGCGUAUUCUUGGAGACAAGCGGUAAAUGCGAGUGCUUUAAAAUAAUCUACCGCAGAAGAAAGAAACGCCGGAUACAAGAUCGUGAAGCAUGUGACGCCUGAGACCAGAUCGGGAAUCUUGUGUCGCCCUGAGAUAAGAUCGGGAAUUCUGUGGCGCCUGAGAAUUCGCCUGAGAAUUUGGGGAUUCCAAGUCAGUUGGAGAUGUUUUAGGGCGAUGAGAGACUUGUGUAAGACACAACUAUAAAAGCGUGGCUGUCUUUAAACACAUCAACAAACAGGCUAAAAAAGGAUGUCGUAGUUGAGGAAAGCGAAAAGCCUGAACAAAGGAUUUGCGGAGCGAUUGAAAAAGGCUAAAGUUACGGGGUGCUUUGAGCCCACGUUAAACCAAUAGGCGAGCAAGGAGUCGAUACAUCCGUCACAUUUAAUGGGUAUUCAAUUUCCUCGACUUUCCUUAAAAUGUGACGCGUGUAUAGCUGUUUUUGCUCAGGAUCAUAUUCACUGGUUUAUUUGCGUAAUGUAAGUAUUAGAUUAUUAUCAUCGCUCAUACGGUAUGUUUGCUCAUACUGUCUGUUUUAAAGCCAGCCGAAAGGUGCUAGAUGCCAUGCGUACACACCACAAGAUGAAAGGACACGGAUUACGCCAGAAAUAACAUAAAACUGUGGAGGACGGAACAGCGAGACGUCGCAAAAAUGUCUCAAGUGAUAAAAUAAAAUAACUUUAAAUCAUG